ACAUAAAUUUCAAAUGUUAGAAAAAUAAAAAUUGAGAAUCGAACUCGAGGGCCCGAAGAGGAGGAAAGAAAAGGGAACAGUAGAUGGCGGGAGUGAUCUAGUGUGAUAAAAGAUUAGUUAAUAAAUUUUAGUGUAAAAACAUAGUUAUAAAGAUGACUAGAGCUAAAAUAGAACUCGGCGAUGUGACUCCGCAUAAUAUUAAGCAAUUGAAGAAGUUGAACACCGUUGUAUUUCCUGUUUCUUAUAAUGACAAAUUCUACAAGGAUGUAUUGGAGGCUGGAGAACUAGCGAAACUUGCAUAUUACAACGAUAUUGUGGUUGGAGCCGUGUGCUGCAGGAUAGACACAUCGGAGAAUUCAAGGCGAUUGUAUAUUAUGACUCUUGGUUGUUUAUAUCCAUACAGAAGAUUAGGUAUUGGCACUCUUAUGGUGGAGCAUGUGCUUAAAUACGUGGAACACGAUGGAAAUUUUGAUAGUAUUUUUCUACAUGUCCAGGUGAAUAAUGAGAGUGCAAUAGACUUUUACAAAAAGUUUGGCUUUGAGAUUGUUGAAACAAAGGAACACUACUACAAAAGAAUAGAGCCAGCCGACGCUCACGUCUUGCAGAAGACCAUCAGACAAGCAAAUACGACUCCGUUAGUUAACGGCAAUGUGCCCCAUGCAAAGACAAAUGGACACGAUUGAAUAUGUAAGAAACUCAAAAAUCUCAACUCAAUUUGUAAGUGCAAGUGAUACUAAUUAAGGCUACUCAGGUCCCGAACAGAAUGUAACUAAAGAAUGGUUGUGGUUUUGUAUGAGACCAUAAUUACUACUUUUUCUAUACUUCCUUGUGGUUCAAGUUUUUUGUACCAUUUCUUUCCACUAGUAAAUUUUUCAAGUCAAUUUAUUCAUUUUAAACAUUAAAGCUCUAGCCAUAAAAGUAACAGUUGCGACAUUCUCAAUCACUUGUUUACUAAUAUUUUUUUUGUAUCUAUGUAUAAUAAUAGAUUUAUUAAGUGGAACAUUUUUAAUCUUUACAAUACAUUUGGUAAUCAGUUUUUAAGAUUAAUAAAAUGUAUCCUAAAAAUUACUACUUGCUCUGAAUAGCAAUAAUUAUUUAUAUUUUGUGUCAACUGUAUUGUUUAUGGUUACCAAAAUGUCAAUUUCCUUUCAAAUUCUGUAUUACCUGUGAAUAUCAUGUGACCUACCUAGCAUUAGUACAAUAAACAUAACUUUAA